AGAAAAAGAGAGAGAGAAACAGUAGUGAUGAUCGACGCCAGGCUGCCACCACUCUGUAGCAGUGAGUGGCUGCAACAAAAAGCACAGAAUAACAUCCCUGACUCCCUGUGCUGCUUUUUUCUCUCUCCCUGCGUCUCAGCUAGCAGACGGGGGCUCCGCUCACAGCUCUGCAGAGGCUAUGCCGAGACUGAGCCGGCGUCGGAAGCAGGAUCUCUGGCUGCCAUCAACAAGUUAGGAUCGGAAGACCACAGCCAUGAAAGAGAAACGCUUGAUCUUCAAUUAGCCAUCUGAGCUGACAUCAUUGCGGUGGAAGGGAAACAAAAGGGCAAAAAAAAGAAAAAGAAGAAAAAGGGAGGGGGGAAUCGGUUCGCUGGAGUCGCUCUGGAUGCAACUGAUCAACUUAAAAAAAAAUUAUAUAAUUAUUUAUUUCAAGGAUUCGUGGGUUGAAGGGAGAAGAUUCAACCUCUUCUUUGAGCUUGGAAUUUAAAAGACUCAAGAAAAACGUCCGGAAUAAACAUCAUCCCGGGACAUGGAAUUUCAUAUUUUCUCUCAAUUGGGUGGGUUCAGAAUUGCUUUAUUUCCAAAGAGGCUGAUUCCUUUUGUGCUCACUCAAAAGGGCUUUUUCCCUUUGGAUUUUUCUUCCAUCUGGUUGCUCCAAGAGUCUGUGGAAAAGGACAGUUGAAUGCAGCCUCCGAUGUGCACAAAAGAAUGGGUUUCCAUUCAAGGUGGCCAUUGGUGGGACCUGCACCAGCGGCUCUGUGUGUGAUCAGCAUGCUCCUAGCGUGCCUGCUGUCUCCUGCAUCGUGCACAACCUGCCCUCAAAAAUGCCGCUGUGAGGACCUGCAGUUCUACUGCGACACCCAGGGGCUAAAGGCACCCCCAGAUGGUGUGGACAAGGGAGCCCUGGGGUUGUCACUACGCCACAACAGCAUCACCGAGCUCAGCCCCGACCAAUUCUACGGCUUCAGCCAGCUCACCUGGCUCCACCUUGACCACAACCAGAUUACAACAGUACAAGAGGAUGCCUUCCAGGGGCUCUACAAACUGAAGGACCUCAACCUGAGCUCCAAUCGUAUCACCAAGUUGCCCAACACAACCUUCAUCCACCUCAUCAAUCUCCAGAUACUGGACCUGUCCUUCAAUCAGAUGACUGCAUUGGAACCUGAACUGUUUCACGGACUGAGGAAGCUCCAGAUACUCCACCUCCGCUCCAAUUUACUUCGCACCACGCCAGUCCGGGCAUUCUGGGACUGUCGCAGCCUGGAAUAUCUGGGCCUCAGCAGCAACCGUCUGAGGAGUCUCGCCCGGAAUGGAUUUGCUGGGCUCAUUAAGCUUAAAGAGCUCCACUUGGAGCACAAUCAGCUGACCAAGAUUAACUUGGCCCAUUUCCCUCGCCUUGUCGCCCUCCAGUUUCUAUAUCUGCAAUGGAAUAAGAUCAGCAACCUAACAUGUGGUAUGGAAUGGACCUGGACCACUUUAGAGAAACUGGACCUCACAGGAAAUGAAAUUCGUGUACUGACACCUGACGUUUUUCAAACGCUGCCAAAUCUAAAAAUUUUGCUGCUGGAUAACAACAAACUAAGCAGCCUGGAUCCCCAGGUCAUGGAUAUGUGGCAGUCUCUGGGUACCGUUGGGCUGUCCAGUAACCUUUGGGAAUGUACCAAACGGAUUUGCUCCCUGGCUACUUGGCUGAGCACCUUCAAAGGAAGGUGGGAACACUCCAUACUCUGCCACAGUCCUGAAUACGCCCAGGGUGAGGAGAUACUUGAUGCCGUUUAUGGAUUCCAGCUUUGUCAGAAUUUUUCAGCACCGGUUGUUCAGACCAUCAGUACAACCACAGACGCUACAACAGCUGCAGAUAUCACAAGCUCCUUGUUUGGAAUUAUGCAGCCGACCCCCACGCAGGACUAUGCAGAGGAUUUUGGGAGCUUUACCACUGUCACUACCACAUCGACGACAACACAAACGCCACGCACUGCUCAAGCAACCACUGCUCCGCUGGAAGAGGCAGCUGUAACGGAUGACUUCUCCACCAUGGACAACACUGUUAUGACUCAUAGGGUCAUCAUUGGAACUAUGGCCCUUCUAUUUUCAUUCUUUUUCAUCAUUUUCGUUGUGUAUAUUUCACGGAAGUGCUGCCCUCCCACCCUGCGCCGAAUACGCCACUGUUCGGCAAUUCAGAACCGCAGACAGAUGAGGACCCAGCAGCGACAGCCUAUGGCAGAUCUAGCCACACAGGUACCCUAUAAUGAGUAUGAGCCCAGCCAUGAGGAAGGGGCACUUGUGAUCAUCAACGGCUACGGGCAGUGCAAGUGUCAGCAACUGCCUUACAAAGAGUGUGAAGUAUGAACUCUUAUUUAUUCCUAGAGCAUAUGGUUUGUCAUUUGACCAUUUCAGAUGAUACAGGGUUUGCUUUUUUGCUUUCCCCCCCCCCCCAGUUUCUGUAAAAAAGAAAAGAAAAAAAAAAAG